CAGUAUGUUGUUGUUCAGUGUUUGUUCAACGUGACUGAAGUUCGCCGCGCCAGAAUAUGAUAUCCACCCCAGUGUUUACUUGUUCUAAAAAUAGACACGUCGUCUCACAUUUUGCCCCGCUUUAAAAUGUGUACCUCCACACAACAGUCUUUUGAUAUACAUGUUUACUAAACCCUUGGGCUUCACGUUCAUGGACUCCAAACUCUGCUUCCCUGUCUGGAGUAGAGAAUACGACAACGCCCGCUUAACCGUCGCCAUCCACAUUCCCUUGCCAUGGAUAGGACAUGGCGACAUGGAUUACACUUCGUUCUUCACGGGCUACUUUUGUGUUCAACAGCUGUUCACUCAGAAACCACUACAACCACUCCUGGUGUUUGCGGCCCCCUGCAGUUAACCGCUGGAUCUCAAGCCAGAAACCUUACAUCACCAGGCUACCCCAGCAAUAUCAAGAAAAACCUCAAUUGCAAGUGGGAUGUCACCGCUAGGGAUGGAGAGAGGGUUCAAGUUGUCGUUCUUGAUAUCGACAUAUUAGAUAUUUCCAGCUGCCGGACGGAUUAUGUCAAGGUUUAUGAUGGAAUCGCCCCAAACAGUCCACAGCUGGAAGUUCUUUGUCGCUUCAGACUAGGAAAUGUCACCAUUACUAGUUCAGGAAGAUACAUGAGGAUUGAGUUGAAAACAAACUUCCUUGUGUUUGGCAGAGGGUUCAAGUUGAUAUACACUGGUGGUAGAUUUCAAGUGAACCGACAGGGUGAUCUUACUGCCAAAAGUUACAUUCAAAGUAUAUUGUCACCUGGCUACCCAAGGUUUUACGAAGGGAAUUUCGGUCUUACCUGGAGGAUAUAUUCAGGAUCAUUGGCAAACGUCAUUCGUAUGACUGUUGGACAAUCCCAUCUUCCGUACAACUAUAAGUGUACCAAUGAUUACUUGGAAGCAUACGAUGGCUAUGACACGUCAAGCAGAUCUUUGGCAAAGUGGUGCGGAGACGAGAGUCCAUCUAAUUAUAAAGACAGCUCCGGGUCGUACAUGUUUAUAAAGUUUCAUGCCAGUGGUACUGCGAGCCGUGGUAUAUAUGUGAUCAGUUAUAAACAAGUAUCGAAACCGGCGCCUGGCAAGAGCGCCAGUGUACCCUCCAUUGUAAUCGUGACAUGUAGCGUGAUUGCGAUAGCUCUCAUGGCCACCUACAGUGUUUGGAAAAUUCGCCAGAGACGAAACAACCGUGCACCAAACACUAAUCGUGCUACAGUGGCCACUGCAAUGUCUCCCAAUCCAAUAGAGUCAGUACACUUUCCCCACCCCGAGGCGGUGAUGCCUUCUACGGGAACAAGAGGCACAAUAGAAUUGCCACCUUACACCAGCGUUGAUGAAACCCUACCUCCUCCCUCGUACGAAAGUCUGGGGUUUGGACCGAACAGUGAGAAAUACUGAUCUGAACCAUACUCAACAAGUCGUGUCUUCAUAAACGUUUCGAGUUCCCCACAAGGAAGAUAUAACACCUUCUUCAAGAGGUAUCAGGGCUUUCUUCUUAAACAGCACCGUUGAAUGCCUUCGUGAUAGGAUGUAUUUUGGACUAAUUAAAAAUACUGGUUUCUUAAACAACCUAGGGACCGUUGUACAGAACGACCUAAGCGCUACGACUGUCGUAAGUCUAUGUUAAAGGGGAAGUGUACACGCAAAAAUCACUUUCUUUCUUUUUCUAAACAAAACGCAAUUUUAGAAUUAAUUAGUAUCUGUGUUUGAAAAUAUACACUCAU